UAUAUGAAAUAAUAUCAAUUCGAUUAACACAUCAUAACUAGUAGAUGUGAGAAAAAUAACUAAUUGAGGAUUUAUCGGAAACCGAUUGAGUGCAAACGUUUACGAAAAAUGCAAAUUAUGUUUGGAACAAUUUUAUGUAUUUUAUUGAAAGGUUUAAUACUGACAAAAGCAACUAUUACGCCGAAGGAUUAUAUCACUUCAAAUAGCCUCCGGGAAGAAAAUGUUUACAUGUAUCCGGAUUUAAAUUUCACGCAGGAUAUUUCAAUGUCCGAGAAAAGUGAUCAUCAUAUACUUAAUUUCAAAUCUGAAAGGAGUUAUUCUGAUAGUAUGACUGUGAGAAAAGAACGAGAAUUCGAGGUUGAGGUUGCAUUUGCAAAUAUUUCUAUCACCCCAGAAUCUAUCGAAAGCAAGCCAACAUCUCUCAGAGCAUUUGUACAAUCCGACAGUCAAUUUACAGAAAAAGUAAACGACAUUUUUGUGACAUUGAGAUGGAACCAACCUGAAUUUACCGAUGAAAUAAUACAGGGAUACACAGUGCAAUGUUUUUUCAUUGAGGACUUAAAAGAGAUUCAAAUCUGCGAUGAUAAAAAUAUCACAACUAUAAAAUUGGAGCACACGGUGCAUAAUUUAACAUCUAACACGACAUAUUAUUUUCGAGUACGUGCGCAUACUAAAAUUGUUGCUGGUCCUUACACGGAUUUAAUCAAUGUGUCGACUACGCAUGAAAAUCCAAUACCUAAAUUUUUACUCAGAACUGAUCUAGAUAUGAAAAUAUUGGACGUGGAUUUAAGAAUUAAUAAUACCUUAAUAUCAGGAUCAGUAACCUAUGUCGCCUAUUCGAUACAGGAACAUAGAAUUUAUUGGCUAACAGAAAGAGACCUAAUGACAUUGAAGAUUAAUGAAAAUAAUAUCACAAAAAUAGCUAGCUUUGAUAAUUAUGCAUAUAGUCUCAGCAUUGACUGGGUAGCAAGAAAUCUAUAUAUAGCCUAUAUAAAAGACUACUCUUAUAUUAUAAAGUUCGACUUAACAAUGUGGGAAAAUGGCAUAAUUAAAUUUGAUGAGAUUUACAAAUCAAAAAAUGAUAUUCUCCGUUUAAGUGUAUCACCGUCUAUGGGAAUUUUAUAUAUUCACGAAUCAUACAAAUUGAUAAAUAAAAAAUAUCGUAUGAGGAAGUUUCAUCGAAUGAUGAAGUAUCAUCUGGAUGGAAAAGUCGAGCAAAUUGUUCAGAUAAAUAAAUGCCUAUUUGAUUAUAUUAUAGAUUAUAUUCCAGAUCCUUUUCAUAAUAUGAUAAUUGAUAAUAUGAAUAAUGAGGUGCCGUUAAUUUACUGGUUAAGUAAUGAUUACACAUUUGUGACAGACAUUAACAUUUCUAUGUGCAAUACGAUUUUAUACAAGGAAAACAUAAGUGAUAUCACCUCCAGUUUCAAAUCUAUGACGAUUGACAAAAAAAACAUUUACAUUUUAACAAGUGAUUAUUGGGAUGAAUUUUCUCUCUAUGUUUUGAAAAAGAAAUAUGCAAGUCUCAAGAGCGUAAAUGCAGCCGAAUAUGUUGAAAAGAUAAUAAUAAGCUCACAUAAAUUGGUUCGUGAAAUUCACGCUUUUGAUAAAUCUCUACAACCAUAUCCUCCAAUGAGAUGCCUGACACCUGACGAGAAAGUUUAUAAUUUUGAGAAUGUGAAUGCAACACCAAACAGCAUCAUUGUGAAUCUUCCGGAACCGGUUGUAAAGAAUGGAUGCAAAAAAUAUAAUUUACCAACUACUAUAUAUACUAUCUCUGUAAGCUGUUUAGACAACAAUCUCAACAAGUCUGAGAAAUUCAAUGUGCUACGAUAUGUGACAUUCGAGCGAUAUUACGAGAUUCAGAACUUAACAUCGUGUACAGAGUACCAGUUGAAGUUUACUUUAAGCAAUUUUUACUUUGAUCAAUUAUCAAUAAAUCCAUUUGAUUCGAAUGUGAUACCAAUAAAAACUAAUUCCGAUAUUGCGAGCACUCCUGGAAUAAUAGCGAAAGAAUAUUACUUAUUAUUCAUGUUAAGUUUUAUCGUUAUAGUUACUAUAAUCUGCAUCUGCUACAUUAAUUAUUUAUAUCGUCAACGCAAAGAUAAUAAUGAACAAUUUUUGACUUCAACAACGGCCGAUGUAGAAUUGGCGAUUCUACAUGAAGUACCUUGCCGAAACACUCAAGUCAAUAUGAUUUACAGUCGUGUGUCUAUAUUUCAUUAUAACCCGGACGAAUAUGCGAUAACUAAAAUCGCACGAAAUCAAAUUACAUUCACAAAACAUCUUGGUAGCGGCGCAUUCGGAAUGGUGUAUCAAGGAAAGGUGAAGGAUUUAGAAAAAUCGGGCAUAGAGAUGUCCGUUGCAAUAAAAACGCUUCGAAAAGAUGCUACUCCCCGUGAGAAAGAGAAAUUCUUAAAGGAAGCCAAGCUUAUGAAUCAUUUUCAACACAAACAUAUAUUAAGAUUGUUGGCCGUUUGUUUAGAUGGAGAUUCUCCGUUGCUAGUGUUGGAAUUGAUGGAAACUGGAGAUCUGUUAAAAUAUUUGAGAGAAUGUCGAAAUUUGCAAGCGUCAGAUUCGCUUGCUCUGCGUUUGCAAGAUUUGCUCGCUAUAUGCGAAGAUGUUGCGCGAGGUUGUUGCUACUUGGAAGAGUUGCGUUUCGUACAUAGAGAUCUAGCGUGUCGCAAUUGUUUAGUAUCUUCGAGGAAUCGAGAGAAUCGUGUCAUCAAAAUUGGAGACUUUGGACUAGCUAGAGAUAUCUACAAGGAUGAUUAUUAUCGCGUGAAAGGAGAAGAUUUGUUUCCUAUUCGCUGGAUGGCACCCGAAUCUUUGAUAAUGGGAAUAUUUACUUCUCAAAGCGAUGUUUGGUCAUUUGGAAUAUUAAUGUGGGAAAUUACAUCGUUGGGUGAGCAACCUUAUAGUGCCAAGACUAAUGAAGAAGUGAUAAAUUAUGUACGUGAUGGAGGCAGGUUGCCGAUGACUCUUAACUGUCCGUCACCAUUGUACCAGUUGAUGCUACGUUGCUGGAGUGCAGCGGAUGCGAGACCAAAUUUCAAAUUUUGUCUAGAAAAUAUUACAGCAUUAAGAAAGAACAUGGAAGAUGCCUUACUGAGUCCAGUCGAUACUAUUUAGCCGAUAUAAUUAAAUUAAUAAUUAUCUUA